AUGGCGGCGGCGGCGCCGUCCCUGUACCGGCGGGCGCUCCCGUCGCCGCCGGCGGUGGACUUCACCUCGCCGGACGGCAAGCGCCUCUUCUCGGAGGCCCUGGAGGGCGGCACCAUGGAGGGCUUCUUCGGCCUCUCCUCCUGCUUCAAGACGCAGUCAGAGCCGGCCUUCUGCGGCCUCGCCUCCCUCGCGGUCGUCCUCAACGCGCUCGCCAUCGACCCGGGCCGCCGCUGGAAGGGUCCCUGGCGGUGGUUCGACGAGUCCAUGCUCGACUGCUGCGAGCCCCUCGACGCGGUCAAGGCCAGGGGCAUCACCUUCGGCAAGGUCGCCUGCCUCGCGCACUGCGCCGGCGCUAAGGUCCAGCCCUUCCGCGCUCACCAGGUCACCAUCGAUGACCUCCGACGCCACCUCGUCCGCUGCGCCUCCUCGACGGACUGCCAUCUCAUCGCUUCCUACAACAGGAGGCAUUUCAAACAGACCGGAACCGGGCAUUUCUCCCCAAUCGGUGGCUACCACGCUGGACAGGAUAUGGCGCUCAUCUUAGAUGUCGCCCGCUUCAAAUACCCACCUCAUUGGGUUCCACUGCCACUUCUUUGGGAAGCUAUGAACACGACGGAUGAAUCAACUGGACUUCUCAGGGGGUUCAUGCUUGUGUCAAGGCACAGUGCAGAUCCUUCAUCGCUUUACACAGUGAGUUGCAGAGAUGAAAGCUGGAAAAGCAUGGCAAACUAUUGCGUCGAAGAUUUACCUAAUCUUUUGAAGACCGAGAAUCUUUACAAUGUUCCAACACUUUUGUCCCAUUUGAUUGGUUCUCUUCCAGCUAAUGCUGGAUCUUUUAUCAAAUGGGUUGUUGAAGUUAGGAGAAAAGAGGAAGGUGGGCAAUGCUUAAGCAAAGAGGAGAAAGAAAGGCUUUUAGUGAAGGAAAAUGUAUUACAGCAAGUACGUGAUACCAGGCUAUUUAUGAUUGUCCAUGACCUGCAAUGUGCUAGUAUCCAAUGCGGUAAUUGUUCACCAUCAAGUGAAGAUCCUGUUACUAGGAUUGCAGCCUCUGUGUGCUGUCAAGGAGCAGCAAUGCUUUCAAGGAACCUUGCAUCAAGUGACGGUUUCUGCUGCAGUGAAACAUGUUUCGAAUGUGUUCCAGCUAAUGGUGAUGGGCCUAAGACUGCUAUCUCAGACUUUGUGGUAUCUGAAGGCAAUGAACCCGGUGUUGAUAUGUUUUUACCAAAGUCCCAUCACAGCUGGAGUUCAUGCAAUUCAAGCACGAGAGAUGAAAUCAUCAAAUAUCCUUCAAGCGCAGAUGUUUUAACUGUUCUGCUGCUGGCUUUGCAUCCUGGCACAUGGUCGGGCAUCAUAGAUGAGAGGCUGAAAGCUGAAUUUCAGACCCUUGUUUCAACAGAUGAUCUACCUGAUGUUCUUAAAAGGGAGGUAUUCACUGCACAGGGUGUGAGUGUGAGGUGUUGA